AUGUUUGAAGCAAAACUUAACGAAGCUAGUGUCUUUAAGAAGAUUGUCGAAUCAGUCAAAGAUGGCUUCAAGAACUGUAACUUUGACUGCUCAGAAGAAGGUAUCUCAAUGGAAUCCAUGGACGAUGCACACAUUGCUCUCGUUUCCAUGAAACUUGGAGUCGAAGCCUUUUCAUCAUACCGCUGCGACCGCUCUAUUUCCCUCGGUCUUAACAUUGAGUCUCUCCUUAAAGUUCUCAGAACUGCUAACAAUAAUGAUGUUCUUACCAUGCGCGCAGAAGACGACGGAGAUCUACUCACCCUUGUUUUUGAAGACUCUUCUAACCCAGACCGUAUCUCUGAAUACAAUCUCAAGCUUCUAAACAUUGACCAGGAACACAUGUCUAUCCCCGAGCAAGAGUACACUGCCACUGUUACUCUCCCCUCCUCUGAAUACCAGCGCAUUAUUCGUGACUUGACCCAGCUUGGUGAUUCAAUUACCAUCGACGCUGCUAAGGAUGGUGUCCGCUUCACUGCCGAAGGUGACAUUGGCUCUGGCUCUGUCUCUCUUAAGGCAAACACCAAUGUUGGUGAAGAUGAAAAGUCUAUUGACAUUGCUGUUGAAGAACCAGUUGCUUUGGGCUUUAACUCCAAAUACUUGACUCAGACUUGUAAGGCUGCUCCUCUGGCGCCCCGUGUCUCUCUCAACAUGUGCAAGCGUAUUCCUAUCUUUAUUUCAUACAAGCUGCAAGCCGGUCACUUUAGCUUUUUCCUGGCACCACAAAUUAGUGAAGGUGAUGAGGAAGACGAUGAAGAUGAAGAUUAA